AUGUCACAUCUGUGGCGCUCAGCCUCACUGCAUGCCCGGCUGGAACGACUGGAUUACCUUGAUGGGCUCGGCCAGGCAUCGGGCACGCGCAUCCCAUGCCUUGUCCGUCUCGUCGCGGAGGGUGCUAAGGGCCCUGAUGGAGAAGCUUCGCAGGCUGGGGCCACUUGCGCUUCGAUGACUACUUCAGCGGUCGACGUCUUUAGUUACGUCGCAGGCGUCAUAUCACUCAUCGCCCUUGCAUAUACGGCCUCUCGUGGUUACCUCCCGAGCGUCAGGAUGAAGGAAUUGCAGGAAGUCCUGGAAGAUACAGAGAACAUCCUUCAUGGCGCCGUAGAGGCUGGAUAUCUCAGGAACCCGUGGUUCAUCUCUAAAGUUCGAUAUAAACUCAGCUGGCAAGUUGUGUCGCUUGAAGCGCAAGUCAGAUCAGCUACGCGCCAGAAGCCUCUGCGCCACAUCACCCUUGAAGGAGUGGAGGGAGCUAUUUGCAGGACUAUCACGGUCAAUAGCGAAGCAGCUCGCCGCCAUCUCGAUAACGAAGGCCAAAGUGACCCUACGUUGCAGCAGGAUUAUGCAGAAGUAGGAGGCGAAGAUAGGAUUGCACUCUAUGCUGAACGGGUUGAGCGUGCAAGACCAAGUCGCCGCUGUAGAGUCCCAGCCCGUUCGGCAUCCUGCCCACCCUCGUUGCAUAUCAAUAUCACAAAUCCCGUCACUCACCUCUGCGAGCCAUUAGGAGAAGGCCAAUCGCAAGCUCAAGCUGCUGAGCGCGAUUCCGGUAGACCGGAAGCACUACAUUACGGGACGGAUUCGGACGACGUAUCCGUCGCGAGUUUGUUUGAGCCGCCUCCCAUCCUCUCGGAUGAGGAGCCUGACUCAGUCCCUGGGCUCACUGUGAUUGGCAGCACUGCUUCAUUGAGGGGGUGCCGAAUCAUCUUCAAUAGGGCACGUUCCAUGGAUUAUAUGGUCGCAGAUACCGCAUAUUGUGUUGUUCCUGUGUAUGGCGGAACGGCGCCUGAGGGAAUUGAUACCGUCUAUGUGGAGAAUGCGCUCGUCUGUCAACACUCCUCCGACAAGCGCAUCUAA